AUGGCGACUACAGCGUUGUUGUCUGUGCCAACAAAACGGGCGUCUGAUGUGAAUAUCGUAAAACCUUUGAGACACCUGAUUUCUUCCCAUUACAAUUCAGCUGAUAAUCCUGAAGACUAUUCAGAAGCAAUUAAUGAACUAAAUAAGCUUCGCAACCAAGCACUGUGGAAGGUGUUGGAUAAAUAUGACAACUCGCUGGAUCUAAUAUACACUUACUAUGAUCAGCUGACUACUUUGGAAUCUAAAGUCCCACCAUCUGAAGUUCAAAUUCCAUUUAAAUGGAAAGAUGCAUUCAAUAAAAUGACAUCAUUUUUUGCUAAUGGAAAAGUCAGUCUAACCCUUAGUUCAUUUGCUUAUGAAAGAGUAUGUGUACUUUUCAAUAUUGCUGCUCAACAAAGUGCUAUAGCAGCUGCACAAAAUUUAGAAACUGAUGAGGGAUUGAAACUUGCUGCCAAAUUUCUUCAACAAUCUGCUGGUAUAUUCAAUUAUUUAAAAACUACAGUGAUGAAUGUCAUUCAACAAGAUCCAACUCCAGAUUUAAAUCCUGAUAUGUUAGCAAUGUUAUCAUCACUUAUGUUAGCCCAAGCUCAAGAAGUUUUUAUUAUUAAAGCUAAUAAAGAUAAAAUGAAAGAUCAAUCCAUAGCUAAAUUGUGUGCACAAUGUGAAGAAUAUUAUACGGAAGCAAUGAAAAUGAUGGAAAGAGAACAAGUUAUGAUGUCAUUAGAUAAAGACUGGACUUCACAUGUGUAUGGAAAACAAGCAAUGUUUUAUGCUAUGACUCAAUAUUAUCAAGCUAUGGUCUGUAAGAACAAUAAAACUAUUGGUGAACAAAUAGCUAGACUUCAUUUGGCCAUUUCAUUUCUUAAAGUUGGCCAAGAUCGAUGUGGUCGUAGUUUUUAUAAUGAGUUGCUAAAUAAAGCUGUACAGGAAUUAAAUGAAGCAAAAAAAGAUAAUGAUUUUAUUUAUCAUGAACGAAUUCCUGAUGUAAAAAAUCUAGAACCGGUAACUAAAGUUGCAAUUGCUAAACCUACUCCUGUUCCUACAAAGUUGUCUGCCAAAUUUAAAGAUCUAUUUGAAGAUUUAGUGCCAAUAUCAGUUCAACAAGCACUUAGUGCAUAUGAUGUUCGUAAAACAGAACUUGUCAAUUCAGAAAUUGCUAAAUUAAGAGAAUCUACUCAAAUAUUAAACGGAUGUCUAGCUUCUUUGAAUUUGCCAGCAGCAUUAGAGGAUGUUAAAGGUGUAGGAAUACCUCAGUCACUUGUAGAAAAAUCAAAUAGUGUACGAAUUAAUGGCGGAGUUAAAAAAUUAGAAACUAUGAUUAAAGAAUUACCAGAGUUAUUAAAACGAAAUGAAGAGAUUAUUAAUGAGUCUGAACGGAUGUUAAAUGAAGAACAGACAUCUGAUGAACAGCUUCAAGCACAGUUCAAAGAAAAAUGGAAUCGUACAAAAUCUAGUUCUCUUACACAGGUGUUCAGAGUCAAUAUUACCAAAUAUCGUGAGAUAAUUAAAAAUGCAACAUCUGCUGAUAAGAUGAUUCGUGAAAAGUUUGAAACUCAUAAACGAGCAAUAUAUUUGCUUUCUGAAGGUCAGGAGGCCAUGCAAAGUAUACUGCCAGUUGGAUCAAAUUCUAGUGUCAAUUUUGCUAAUUCUACAGCUGCUGAUAAAUUAAAACACUUAAUGGAAGAAGUAGAAAUAUUAAAAAAUGAAAGAGAUGUUAUUGAAACUGAAUUAAAAUGUGCCACAACUGACAUGAAAUCAAAAUUCUUAAAUGCCUUGUCUGAAGAAGGAUCUAUUCAUGAAGCAAAUUUGUCAACAGAGAGCUUGGAUCAAUCUUAUGGACAUUUGCAAGCUCAAAUUCGUGAUAGUCAGGCUAAACAAGAAAAGCUUUUAUCCAAUAUACAAGUGGUGAAUGCAGAAUUUUGUAGAGAAAAAAGUGGUACUGGCCAAAGGGAUGCUUUAUUUAAAGAGUUAGCCGCUGGUUAUGAUGUUUAUAAUGAUUUGCAGAAUAAUUUAAUGGAAGGAACUAAAUUUUAUAAUGAUUUGACUGAAAUUUUAAUUACGGCACAAAACAAAAUAUCCGAUUUUUGUUUUGCUCGAAAAGCAGAAAAAGAAGAAUUACUAAAAACAUUAACUUCAGAUUUGAGUAGAGAAAAACCAAUUUCAUUACCAACUCCUGCUCCUGUGACAAACCAACAAUCUCCUGCAAAUUCAUCAGUCAGUGCUCAGCUCCCUUAUCCAAUGCAACCACAAGGAAUGCCUUUACCAUAUACACUUCCAAGGACUGGACCAUAUCCAACUGCGUACAUGUGUGCUCCUCCUAUGCCAACUACUUAUAAUCCUUAUGCAACACUUCAUUAUCAGCCACAAGCUUAUCAAAAUUAUCCAGCCCAAAAUCAAUCUCAAUAUCCGCCUCAAUAUCCACAACAAUAUCCACCACAAAAUCAGCAACAACCCCCAUGGUAAAUGUGAUUUAAUGUCUAAUUAGAAUUUUUUAUAAUUCUACAUAAUGGUUUUUGAACAUCCAUUAUCAUUAUAUUUAUUUUUAUU